CAGCCCCCGCCCGAGUGCGGGCAGCGCGCGGGGGGAGCCGGGGGUGCGCAAGUCUCCCUGAGGAGCUGAGAUGGAAGCGGAAUCGUUCAUCGGAGGAAUAAGAAGAUGGACGUUUUCCUCUUUGGUCCCAGAAGCCAGCAGGAUCUGAAAAUCCAGUGUCCUGACAUCUUGGUCAAGGCUUUUCACAGAGAUAUUGUUGUGGCAGCUGAAUUGAUGCUUCAGGAACAUCUUGUGAAGUCCUAGAACAGGCACUGAUGGAAGGCCCUUUGCAAACCUCUGUUCACGUGUGCCAUGAAAAUGGUCAAUGGAUGUCACGAUUACCAGAGAAGCUCUGGGAUAUUCCCCUCUAUAACUUAGCUCUUCCAGGGAGUCACGACACUAUGACGUACUGCUUGGAUAAAAACUCUGCUGUUAGUGGCAAUGAAUCCAAGCUGGUGAAGUUCUUAAACAAAUGUAUACCCUGCAUUGUGCACCCCAUUAUCAUGAAGUGGUCUACAACACAGGUACUGACUGUGACGGAGCAACUUGAGGCUGGAGUCAGAUAUCUGGAUUUUAGGAUUGCACACAAGGCUAAUGAUCCAUCUUUGACGUUGUACUUCGUGCAUAUGAUUUACACAACUAUUACUGUACAGGAUAUUCUGUGGGAAGUGUUAAGGUGGUUGGAAACGCAUCCUCAGGAAGUUGUUAUCUUAGCCUGCAGGAAUUUUGAUGGAUUAAGCAAGAAACUUCACUGUCAUCUUAUUGCCUGUAUAAAAGAGAUUUUCCAGUGUAAACUGUGUCCCAGAAAUGUGGUGCCGACACUGCGGACCAUGUGGCAGCGCGGCCAUCAGGCUAUAGUCUCGUACGAAGAGGACACGGAAGUGGAGGAGCACUGCGAGCUGUGGCCCGCGAUCCCGUACUGGUGGGGAAACAAAACUGCCACUCGGGCUCUUAUCCAUUUCUUAGAGCGCAUGAAGCAGAGGGGCCGUCCAGAGAAAUUCUUUGUAGCGGGGAUUAACCUUACUGAAAACUUAAGGUAUAUUCUCUUACACCCAUUUGGAUCAUUGAAGAAAAUGACACUCCGGAGUCUUCCAUGCCUGAAAAUCUGGAUAAAGCAGCAGUAUCCAGGACCAAAAAAAGAAUGUAUUAACAUCAUUGCUGGAGACUUUAUAGGAAAUGAUGAUUUUGUCAAAGAUGUGAUAGAACUUAACACAAAAAUUAAUCCGCCAUUGCACUGUCAAAGUAAAGGGGUGGAACAAACAGUAUUUCACUCUCAGCUUCUUCAUCUGUGAAAAGCAGAAGAGGCUUUGUCUGCAGUUAACGUGCCCUGGUUUAAACAGCCCGGAUCCCAUAGAGGUCCGGUUAACUUAAACCAGGGAUGUUUUAAAGACUCAGGGAGAAAAGCGCUCUCAACAUCAUCAGGUUUUCAAGGCCCUUUCACAGAAAAGGGAACAGGCAGACCUUGCCAAAGUCUCUAGAGAACUGUGGUACAGGUAUCAUUUACUGUAGCAGUUGACAAUACUGAAAGUCCAAAGAACUUAAUCUUAUUUUACAUAUGAGGAAGAAGGAGAAAUAUGUCAGUAGCUGCAUGAAUUAUUUUGUGAUAAGAUUUUUAUCUUUCUUAUAAUUGUAAAGAUAUUCUGCACUACUUGCAACCCCAAUUCUCAGUCUUUUAGAUCAGUGUGAAACUGAGUGGUCUGUUUUCAUAGUUAGUGUUAAAUAAACAAAAGGAACAGUUUAAAAAUAUUUUUGAUAUAUCAAAGAUACUGUAUAAACAAUCCUAUUUGAUGUGAUUUUUAUAUAUACAUCGUAUCAUUAACAUUGGGGAUCUGGAAGUGGCUGUACCGUUGUUGGGUACUGAGUAUCAGUUGUGAGCACCUUUACCAACAGGGUAGUCACAACACUCUUUAUGAUUUGUAAGAGGGUUUUUAUGUGUAUUUGAACACUUAUUCUUUUUAUCACUCGUGCCAGUUCUGCAGUGAUAAAGAUACCAAAACUAAGCCUCUAGACAUUUUUGUCUGUGGUAAUGAAAUAUCUUUUAUUAGGUGUCGCCAAAAUAUGCCUUACACUGAAAAUAAACAUGUAUGAAACAAAUGCCUUCUCUAAACUUGGACUGCUCUAGAAAUACAGAUUCUUGGCUUCUGUCAUGCUCAUCUGGGGUUUCACACCUAGUCUUUAACUAUUUUAGUAGCACUGUAAUUAUUUUUCCUCUCAAUAAGCAGGUUUUGCUUAUGUAAAAACUAAGGCUUUUAUGCUGUUUGCCAUUGCAUAUUAACCCUACUUUUCUAAUUUUUAAAAUGAACUGUGCAGUAACAGCUGAUCACAAAGCUAAGAGAAAGGGCAAGCGUCAGGACUAAACCAAAACCAGGCAUUGUAUAAAGUUCACUAUGCAGCUUCAUCAAUAUACCUCACUUUUUAGAUGCACUCUAUAUGCAAAAGCUGAGUUCAAAUGCCUGGUGAGAUGUUCGUGUUUGCAGUAGGUGUUUACAGAAGUUUGAAAGCAACUGCUACUUGACAUCAGAUCAGGGUCACCCUAGACUUCUCAGCACGAAAGGCUAAGAUACUACCUCCUUGUGUAAUCUCUUGCAAUUGCAGAAUAUGUAGGAGUAAAAACAUAAACAUUCCAUUUAUAAAGAAGACUUUCUAAAUGCUGUUUUCAGGGCUUUUUAUCCUUGUUCUUACCUUUAUGUACUUCACAGGGAGUAGUCACUCAGUCUUGAUUUUUUUCUUUUUGAGUCACUAAAUGCAUUAAGUGUCACGUUACACUCAGAGUGUUUUUCUGCCUCUCUUUUGUAACCUCGAGUGACUUGUUAUUCUAUCUAAUAAAAGUUCAUCUCUUUGUGUAA